GGCCCGCCGCCCGCGCCGCCGCCGCGCCUCAGCCAGCCGAGGAGGGACGCGGAGCCCGGCGCCGAGCCCUGCGCGCGCGCCUGCAGGGUGGAUCUGGACGAGCGCGAGUCCUACUGCGCGAGCGAAUUCGCAGUGAACGGAAUCGUGCAUGACGUGGACGUGCUGGGCACAGGGAUCCGGCUGGUGACUCUGCUGGUGGACCGGGAUGGGCUGUACAAGAUGAACCGCCUGUACAUCACUCCGGACGGGUUUUUCUUCCGAGUCCACAUAUUAGCCCUAGACUCCUCCAGCUGCAAUAAGCCAUGUCCAGAAUUUAAACCUGGCAGCAGGUAUAUUGUGAUGGGCCACAUCUACCAUAAGAGACGCCAGCUCCCUACCGCUCUGCUUCAGGUCCUGAGAGGACGGCUCCGGCCAGGAGAUGGACUGCUCAGGAGCAGCAGCAGCUAUGUGAAGAGAUUUAACCGAAAAAGGGAUGGGCAAGUUCAAAGUGCAAUUCACAGCCAAUGCGUUUGAAAUGUACUACCCUUGCACUUCUGGAUUAUAAGAGACUUGUCGCAUUCAGCAACAAGACAGGAGAGGUCUGUCUUCACGGAAUGGGGUCUUCCUGUGGAGUAGGGCACACAGCUCCUUCUGGAACUGACUCUGUAGUUCCAACUCUAAUCUUGAAGUUGCCACUUUCUUAUUUGCAAAACGCCUCUUCAGUGAUAUGCUUCUGAGCUCCCUGGCAAAGUUACUCAACUCUAGUGGCAAUUAUUCACACGGCUCAGAUAACUGACCUGUCCAGUUAGCAGAUGACUGCUUCAUGUGGUUUAUUUUUAAUUAUUUUAAUUUAAAUACAUUCUUCAGUAGAAAUAGUUCACAAAAAACACAUUUCCUUGAUUCUAAAUAUACAGCUUUGAAUAGGUUAUAUCACGUAUCAAACCAAGUUUCAUACUAAAACCAUCACAUUUUAAAAUUUUGUACAUAACAGCGCACUAGUCAAAAGACACGUAUGAAAUGUCGUUUAGAUCAAACACUAGGGUCAGAACUCAAGACAAGUAUUACAGUUUUAUACUUAAAGAGUACUAACGGGCUUAAUUCAAGCAAAAUAUUAUUCAAACAAGUGUUCUUGAUGUACCAGAAUGUAAGAAAGUUUAUUUUCAUGCCUCCCUGCUCCUAAAAACGUAUGUUUUGUGCCAAACUGGCAGCUAUCCCAAUGCUAAACAUAUUCUGGGUGUAUCUGAUGUCAUUUUUCUAUUAAGACCAAGUAUCAUGUUUGUGUUUGUAAAGUAGUAAAUCUUGCCUUGAAAUCAGA